AUGGCAUUCGUAUCCCCCAUUCCCGGCGUCGGGGUCCAGCACCCUUGGCAAAUCCAAAUCCAUUAUCCUACCAUCAUUCAGCAGCCGGUCAUACCCGUUGUUCCGCAGCCUCAGUUUCUACUACAACCUCAAGUCCAAGUCUAUCAGCCUCCUCCUGUGAGCAUAAUGGUGCCAACAAUGGUAGUCCAUCCUCCUUUUUUCACUCCUCCUUGCUUCAUCGUGGCGUCUGCUCAGCCAUCGCCAGGCGCCGACGCUCAUCUACCCAGCGGUAUCUCGUUGCGGGUUGUCUUUUAUGGGCACCCAUCCGACGACGAUUAUACUCCCCCCAUGUGCCUCUCCAGCACGACGUAUAAAGAGUCGGCAUUACCGAGUAGGGAUGCCUUGCUUGCGGAGAUAGCGACCUGGGCUGGGCACCAUGGCCUUUCGAUCACACAUUCGGGUGGACGAAUCGAUCCUCUCAGAGUGAAGCUAUAUGUUUUGCCCAAGAGCAGCAGUUCCAGGGGACUGUUGUGUGGGAUUGAUUAUGAGCCGGGCGCGGGACUGGCUGUGCCGGGAGACGUGGUCAAGGUGGUCAAGUUGGGCGGGAUCGAGGAGAAGCACUGGCAAGAGGCGCUGAAGGAGAUUCAGAAGGAGGGAUAUGAGGCUGUUGUUGCGGUGGAUAUGGGUGAUGGUGGUUUGAAUACGACUUCGACUCCGGCUGUAGUUUCAACGCCCGAUAGUGACGAGAACGCAGCAGCAGCAUGA